CCGGGCGCGUGGGCAUUGGACACGGAGGAGAAUGAAUCCGAGCUCCUCCAGCAGCAUAAGGAAGACUCAGUUAAUGGCCAUUCCAAUGGCGGUGGCGACAAGGCUGAUUUCCCUUCCCUCGCCGCCGCAGUCGCCACCAAGGCCAAGAAGAAGAAGCCCCAAACCCUAUCUCUUCAGGAAUUCACUACUUACGGCGCCGCCAAGCCGGCACUCUCUAAGGGUCUUACUCCCGACGAAAUGUUGGUUCUACCAACCUGCCCGCGUCAAUGGUCCACUGAGGAACUGGACGGGGCCCGACACGGUGGUGGGUUUAGAUCCUACGGCGCUUCCUAUGACCGCUCCUCUAGGGUCUCCUCUGAUGAGCAGCCGCGUAGACAGGGAAGCUUUAAUAGGGAUUCAGAUCGUGAAUUCGCUCCUUCACGGGCGGAUGAGACUGAUAAUUGGGCUGCGAUGAAGAAACCAGUGGUUGGUAAUGGUCUUGAGAAGAGGGAGAGAGGAGAGAAAGGUGGGUUCUUCUCGGAUUCACAGUCCCGAGCUGAUGAAUCUGAUAAUUGGGUUCGAAAUAAGGCUUUCGUGCCCUCUGAGUCUCGGAAAUAUGAGAAAAGAGGGGGAUUUGGAUUAGAAUCGAAUGUUGGCGGAGCAGAUUCAGAUAAUUGGUUAAAGAAAAAGGAAGUAGAGGGAAGGAAGAUUGGUGGAGCAUUUGAUAGUUUGAGAGAGAGAAGAGGGGGUUUUGAGGAUGCUGCAGAUUCUGAGUCUUGGGGGAGAAAAAGAGAGGAGAGUGGUGGUAGGCCAAGGUUGAACUUACAGCCUCGGGCACUCCCAGUGGACGAGGGGCAGAAGACCAAUAACGUCAGUAUAGUUAAACCGAAAGGGAAUAAUCCAUUUGGAGAGGCAAGGCCAAGAGAGGAAGUGUUGAAGGAGAAGGGUCAAGACUUGAAGGAAAUUGAUGAUAAACUUGAGUAUGUGAAGAUUAAUGAUGUUUCUGACCCGUCAGAUGAUCGCCCAGCGACUUGGAAAAGGAGUUCUUGGAGUGGCAAUGGGAGAGAGAGACCGCAAGAGUCCAGGACUGAAAGGGCUUGGCGGAAGCCAGAGUCUGUUGAUUCUCGACCUCAGAGGUCAGUGAAUUUAGGUUCUCAAAACCAUAUGAACUUUGAAUGGUGUUGCGGAUAAUGACUGAAUUGUUUGAUGUGUUAUUAAUCUGAUUGAGGAGUCCAAUUUUAUUGUUGUGCGGAAAAUAUACUUGGUAGAAAUUUUUUUACUAUGUCUUUCAUUUUACAUAAGCCGGCCUCAAAUUUAUUAGAAACAAGAUUUAGGUUGCGCAUGCCUAUAUUUUUGCAUCUUAAUUAUUCCCCAGGGCUUUUAAGGCUUUAUUUGAAAUUAUUCUCAUAACGCAGUCAAACUGAUUGUGAGGACAUGUAUUUUCGUAAAAAAGAGAGGAUAAAAGGUAUGGCAAGUUUCUUAUUGAAUAUCGCCAUGGAAAAUUAGUUUGUUAAGUAGUUUAAA